ACUGUCAGACAAAGAGUUUACAGGCAAACAUGGGUGCUAUAAUAGCUACGCCUAUUGCCAUUAUUGGUUCGUUACUUUCGUCGGGACCUUCAGAUAUAAUAUUUCGGAUAAAAUGGAUUAUUUCUUACAUCUACAUCGAGCUUUACAAGUGGACACAGAAGAAAAGGUUCGACUGGUACGACAUAGGAGCAUCACAUGAUCCUAUAAAAACCAAUUUUCUUCCGCAUCCAGACGAGUAUGUUUUGGAAGCUCCUCUGCCUGAAUCUCAACUCAUUUAUAAUGCAGAUGAAGUGUUCUUUUACGGAGUGAAUUCCAAGUCCGAAUAUCUCAUAACCCGUAUAGCAAGGGGCCCAAAUCAAGGAGCAGAAGCUUGGAUUUACUUGAAGCUAAGCAAUGGAAAAGUGUACCAGCUGCAAGAGACGUCCGGUUUUCAGCAGUCAUGCUGUGAUAAAAGAGCAUUUACUUGUGGAGGGUUGCAGAUUCAUUACUUGUCGCCAAUGAGAAGAUGGAGGAUCUUUUUCAAUGGAGUAUUGAGGGAAACGGAUGAUAACGAUUCAACGGUGGACAGGAAAAUACAUGUAAAAUUUGCUGUCAUGUGGCGUGCGUCUUCUGAUACUUUCGAUUAUACUUCGGAUAUAAAUACUACUGCUCUAGCAACCGGUUUAGCCAAAGCCAAAUGGAGUCAGUUUCUACCACCUUUAGAAAAAUUUUACAGCGCAAUGGAUUGCUAUGCUCAGACGGGUGUCAUUGCCGGUACGAUUAACAUAGAAGGAUAUGAUGAUGAACUGAAGAUAUAUUUAUUUGGAGAAAAAAUCAGGUUCAUGGGCAAUUCUUCGUUAUUAGAGGAUGCAAAAUUUCUUCAUUUAUUAGGACAUGUCUCAAAGAAUGGGAGAUUUAUACAUAUUGCAGAAGUGUCCAUUGGAAAUAUUGUCAAAAAUCUAACUCUUGGUUUUGUUUCGGCACUGUCUGGUGCCGUAGAAGUUCUUGAGGGUGACAAAAAUGUUUUGAUAAAUUUUGCCGAUAUAGAUGAAAAUGAUAUCGUUGCUAAGUUUUAUGUUGAAGAUGAUGAAUUUAUUUUAAAUGGAACCUUAUCUGGAAAAGAAAAUAACUUGCAUAUUAGUAAAGGCUUGGAUGGAAAGCUAACAAUCGACUGUCUCAAAUUUGAUUUUAAUGAAGGCAAAGGAAUGGGUGUAGUUAUAAAUGGAAAAAUUAAAAAAUCACCAAAAAGGACUCUUUUUCCAGAAGUCUCACAUGUAUCUCCAUCAGUUGUUCCGCUAGUUGUUCCAUUCUCAGAAAAAAUUUGUCAAAACCCGGACAUAACCGGAGGAAAAGGAUCGUCUCUGGGUAAAUUAACAGAGCUGAGUAAUGAUUUUAAAAGCUUUAUAGUGCCUAAUGGCGUUGUAGUCACAACAGCUGCUUAUGAAAUGUUUGUCACUGACGAGAUUUUAAAAGAAAUAAAGAAACUAGAAGGAGUCCUAUACAGUGACAAAGUUGAUGAAACCAAAACAGCCUGCCAAAGGGUAGUAGAGAAAGUAACCAAUUCAACUAUGCCUGAACCUAUUCUUCAAGCUGUCGCAGAAAAUCUUGAAAAAAUGUUUCCUGACAAGAAACAUGUUUACAAAUUUGCUGUCCGCUCCUCUGCUACAGGCGAAGAUACAGAGCAAAUGUCAGCUGCUGGUCAAAUGGAUACUUUUCUAGGAGUAGAAGGGAUGAGUGAGAUAAUGACUGCUAUUAAGAAAUGCUGGGCAUCUCAGUUUGGUUUUAUAGCUGUCCAGUAUAAGAGGCAGAAUGGUCAAAUUAUAAACUCACCAAUGGCUGUUGUGGUCCAACAAAUGAUCCCUUGUGAUGUCGCCGGAGUACUUUUCACAUGCGAUCCAUUAAGUGGAAAUCCAACGAAAAUGAGCAUAACUGCCAAUUAUGGAUUGGGCGAGUCUGUAGUAUCCGGAUCCGAAGAACCUGAUGCCUUAGAAAUAGAAAGAGAAUCUAACGAAACAGUUAGAAUAAAGAACAAAAUUAUAGGGUCGAAGCAACGUCGCAUAAUUUUAAAAGAUGAUGGCGGAACAGAAGUUGAAGAAGUGCAAGAGCAAGAUAAACAAACAUGUUGUUUAAGUGAUAACAUGGCACUUCGAUUGGCCCAGUUAGCACUUAAAAUCGAGAAGAGUUACAAAUCUUACAGAGAUAUAGAGUGGGGAUUUUGGAACAACAAUCUUUACAUUUUUCAGUCUCGUCCGGUAACAAGUGGAAGUGGAGAAACUGAUUUUGAAAUCGAGCAUGAAUUUGAUGGUCCUUUACGGAACGAGGAUGAUUACUUUACAGUGGGCCAUAUAGGAGAAGUUAUGCCUGGGGCUACAUCUCCUCUUGGAAUAGAAGUCAUCACGAAAUUCUUUAACACCGUUUUUCAGAAAUCAAAUUUUGUUGGUUUUCACCAGAGUGAUUUUACUAAAUAUUAUCCUAGAGGAAUACAACCAUGGUACAAUCACAUGAUGUUUUGCACCAUAGAUCUUUUCCACAAUUUAAGCGAAAAUUCAGAACAAGUUAAAGCAAAUUGUGUUGGAUUGUUUGGCAGAGUAAUUGAAGAUGAUGAGUUAUUUAACAUGGCCAUAGAAAGACACAGUAAAUCACAGGUUCAGAGUCAAUACACAUUUAAAGAAAGUAUGAAAAGACUUUACAGGAUACUUUAUGGUGCCAAAAAGACUCUGUACAACGCUGUGAGGCAUUAUGAAAAAUAUAACAUUCCCCUCUCUAAGUUCCAACAUUCGCAAGAUUUGUUUAAUCAUCUCAUGUAUUGCUGCACUGAUCUAACACAGGCUUUUAAUUCUCAUCUGACAGCAUCUGAAAGUUCCUCUGUUUUGAAUAUGUACAUUUUUCUCAUUCUCCAGAAAGCAGUGGGUGAAAUUAAUACUGAUGUCUACAGUGAUUUCGCAAAUUUGAUUACAACAAGAGAUGUUGAAUGCUCUGAUGUUCCUGGAGGAAUAGAGAAACUUGCUCUCAGCAUUAUCGCAGAAAAAAGACCAGAAGACUUUAACAAAAUGGAACUAGAUGAUGCCCUGCAGUGGCUGGAGACUUCUUCCACAAGUGCUGGAAAAAAAUAUCGAGAAUUUCUUGAAAGACAUGGUCACCGAUGUCUAAAAGAAUUUGAUAUCCGAUCUGUAACAUGGAAAAAUGAUCCGAAGUCCCUCAUCAAGACAUUGCAGAACCUUGUAUUAAGCGUGAAAAAAGAUAAAUCUGAGGAAAAGACAAAAGAGGUUACAGAAUUGAUAAGUAAUUUGAAGGCUCCUGUAUCAUUUUUAAAAAGAUUAUUAUUGAGAAUAAUUCUUCCAAUGAGUCGACGAGCUGUGAACUUCAGAGAGCUGUCAAAGACUACUUUGAUGCAAGGCUUAUACCAGUGGCGUAGAGGAUAUAGAAAACUUGCGAAGUUAAUGGUUUCAGAAGGUCGUAUACCGGAUGAAGAUUUGAUCUAUUUUAUGACUAUGGAAGAAAUAAAAGAACUGUUGGAAACAAGAUCUCCUAAAAUCAUUUCGAAAGCCAAUCACAGACGCAGACGUCAACCUGUAUUAGAAAAAUACAUUUUUCCAGAAAUAAUGAAAGGUUUCCCAGUACCGAUGAACAUGGAAAAAAAGAUUGUUGUUACUGGUGAUAAUUUUUCAAUGACGGGAAUUCCUGUUAGUGCUGGUACAGCUACAGGGUUUGUUCGUGUUGCUCUAGAUUUAGAUGAGGCAUCGCUUUUGCAGCCUGGUGAGAUACUUGUGACUUAUUGCACAGAUAUAGGAUGGUCACCUUAUUUCCCAAUGCUGGCAGGUGUGGUCACCGAAUUAGGCGGUCUAAUAUCACAUGGUGCCGUAGUAAGCCGAGAAUAUGGUCUUCCUUGCAUUGCAGGUAUGCAUGGAGCUACGCAACAAUUCCAAACAGGUGAUUAUGUAUUAAUGGAUGGAAAUAAGGGAGUGUUGCAGAAAAUUCCCAAACCAGAAGACUCUUAAAUUCUUAUCACGAUAGUUUCAGAUUUUCACCAGCUCAUUCGCACCGAUGAAUUUUUGUAUCUUAUGAAAGACUGUUAUUUUGUUCUAGUUGUGCUAUGUCUUCGUUAAAAGUUUAACUAUUAUUGUGUCAUAAAUUUGUUUGAUUAUA